AAAUGAGAAAGCUCAAUCAAGCUCCGGAAGGAAAUUGAAACACUGCGAUCGCAGCUAAAAGAGCUUGAAGAUGAGCGUCGUCCCAGUUCCCCUGGAAGAAAUUUGCCAUAUCACGGUAAAUGGUCCGCAAUGCGAUCUGAAAGUAGAAAGCAUUUGACUGAAAUGAAGGAGAUAAUUUCAGCAUUAGAAAAAGAGGGACUCGGCCCAGAACAAUGCUCUUCUGAAGAGGUGGUCCGCGUUCUAUUCUCAAGACAAAAGGACCUGGCUGAGAAGUUGAAAGAGACUGAAGAUGUUUUAUCUGCUUGCAAAAACGGUGACCCGAGACCAAUAAUUCAGGAAUUGAAAGCUGAAAAGAAAACAUUAAAAAGGACUGUAGAUGAUCUAAGGCAAAACGUUUCUUCAUUAGAGAGUCACCUGAAGUUGACAGAGAUGACGAGCAAAAGACAAUUAGAGGACCUGUUGGCCGAAAAGAAGAGCUCAUUUUUGCAGCUUCAGAAGUCAAUGGACGAUUGGGAUGCUGCUAAAAUAGCUGCUGAACAGGCGCAAAAGGAUUUGGUUGACACAAAGUCAAUGCUGAAUAAGAGGCAGAACGAACUUCAAUUGUUGCGAGAUAAUUUGCUGAAUGUUACAAAUGAAAUGAAGACAGUGGAUGCCGAUCUUGGGAAAACUCGAAAAGAUCUGUCCAUUAAAACUGCAGAACUAGAACGGGUUAAAAGAGACUUGGUAGUGGAGUCAGAAAGAGUUCAGCAAGAAAGAAAAAACAACUCCAGAGUAUCAUCAGAGCUUGAAACAAAAAAGAAAGUCAUCAAAGAGAGUGAAAAAUUUAUUGCUGAAUUGGAAUCAAAGGUCCAAAGACUUUCAGAAAACCUCGAGGCCAGCCAAAUGCAUAUAAACAGAGCGUCAUCCGAACGAGACUCGGCAAAAGAAGUAGUUUUGUCCUUGCAAGAAAAACUUGUAACCAACGAAGCAGAGUUGAGGCAAGCCAACUCGGUUGUCGCUAAUCUCAAAAACCAGAUAAAAUCUCUUGAAUACACAUUCCAAGAAAAGGUGGAUAAAUUUGCAUCUAUUAGUACUGAGUUGGAAAAGGCAAAAGCCGAUUGUCUUGGAGCAAGCCAUCUGCUUGGCAUAGAGGAAGAUAGGAAUAAAGAACUCGAGGACGAAAUUGAUGAUCUCACCUACAAACUUACAGAGAAGACUGAAGAAGUUGAAAGACUCUUGGAAAGGAUCAAAGUUUUAGAGGAUGAUUUGCAUCAUGCCACAUCACGAUUUGACUCGAUACAACUUGAAUAUGCGGAAACCGAAACCUCCUUGAAGUCACACGAGUCCUCGAAGGCAAUGUUGGCGAAAGAGCUGAAUUCAUUACAAGUUACUUAUAGAGACAUAAGCAGGGAGAAGCAGAGGUUACAGGACAUUCUCGAGGAAACGAAAAGGAGUUUGCAGCAAAAAAGUGAUCGUAUGAUAUCGCUAGACAAGGAAUUAAAAGAACAUAAACACCAGCUGAAAGAGAAAACACGAUACAUUCAAGAGGUUGUGUCAGAGCGAGAUAGUUUGCAAGAGAAGUUGACAUACCAACAGACACAGACUGAAUUACUAACAGAAAACUUAGAUACUGCGAAAUCAGAGAACAGAAAGCAACUAAAAGAUAUCGAGACUCUUAAGUCUCAGAUGAAUAAUUUGUCUGAAAGACGUGGCUCGUUGUCUGAGGAACUAAAGAAGCUAAACGAAGAGCAUCAAAUACGAAUAGAAAAAGACCAGACUAAACUGGAAGCAUUACAACACGAGAAGGAUUUACUGAUUGCAGAAAUAAAGGCAGCUCAAAACAUCAUUCGUAAACAGCUCACGCUGAUGGGCCUGUACGAUGCAGUUGAUGGACAAGAGGACGACGAGAAAAAAAUUAGAAAUUCUGUUGAAAGUAUUCUACAAAAGCUUUCCAAGACUGAAAAGGAGUGUCGAGAAUCAAAAGCAGAGACAAGGAAAUUGAAAAUGGAUAUGGAUGAAAUGUCAAGAGUAAUGUCCGACGAGAAUGUCUCUUUAGCCAAUGAGUUGCAAAAAAUGAAGGAUGAUGUUUACCAAGAGCUGCAGAAAGAGAAGAAUAGAUAUGACGAAGAGAUGAAACAAGCAAGGGGAAGAAUAGAAAGUCAAAAAGAUAAGAUUCAAAAGCUCACGAACAAUCUUGCGGAGUCCGAAAACAAAACGACUCAGUUUCAGCAGCUCAUAGACGAGAGAGAAUCACAACUCAGAAUGAUUACUAGUGAAAAGGCCAAGCUGGUCGAUUCCGUAGAAUUUCUGCAGCAAGAAAUACAGAAAGCAGAUGCAAAUCUUUUAGAAAAGGAGAAGGAACUUCAGAGCAUAAAAAUGGAGAAAGAGGUUCAGGUAUCAUCCCUAACAACGAAGCAAGAACAAAUCCUUAAUGAGCUGAGAGAAGCAAACGAGAAACUAGCUGAGAAAGAGAACGACCAAUUUAUGAAAGCUGCACAGGUGGACCAGAUUGUUGAUUCUUUGAGAAAAGAAAACGAGGAAAUGAAGGCUGCAAAGUUGCAAAUAGAAGUAGAAUUGUCGCAACUUGAAAAUGAGCUUAAAAAGAAAGAAGAUGAAAAGAAAACCAUUACCAAAAAUAACAAGGAGGAAAUCAAAUCUUUGAACCAGCAAGUUGCAGGUUUAGAGGAGAAAAUAGCUGAGCAAGAAUACUUGAUAGAGAAAUCAAACAGAGAACUGGAGAAGAAAGCCCGCGAAAAUUCAAAUUUGAACAAAAAAGUGAAACAAUUGAUUGAAGAAUCUGAAUUAGUUGGAGACCAGGGAUGUCAAGUUGCUCAGGUUCAGCAGGUAGAGAGUGCUGCGAUGAGCUUUGAGGCGUUUGAAGCUGAAGAAAAGGUGGGUGCGUUUGCAAAGGAAAAAGAAGAGAUUAAACAGAAGUAUGAAGAAACUAUGAAAGAGCUUGAAAGGCAACGAAAGAUUUCUCAAGCAAAAAUCCAGCUCUUUCAGCAAAAGGAAAAAGACUGUCAGAAGUUGAAACAAGAGAUUGAAUAUGAGCGGCGAGAGAAGAUCGAGGCUCUUAAUUGUCUCAAAGCGAUGAUCGUAGAUAACGAAGCUAUGGCCACUUGCGUCAACGGAUUACAAGAGACCGUUGCACUGCAGCGCCAAGAGAACACUGAUACGAGGCGUCAUCUACAAGAGGUUCUUGAAAAAUACGAAAUGCAACGGGAAGUGUCUAUGAGAACACAAAAAACAUUUGAGGAUUUGAUUGAGUCGAAGAUGUCUUAUGAUCAUCAAGAAAACCGUCGUUUGAAGCAAGAUUUUGAGCACAUAAAGAGAGAAAAAGAGAAGAUGACUUUUCAAAUAGAGCAGAAAGACAAGGAAUUAGAAAGAGUAACAACGGAGGUGGACGAAUUGAAGGGCCUUGUUGAAACUAAGAUCGUUAAUUUUGAAGUUGAAAAAAGGGCGAGAGAGCUUCUUGAAUCGAAAUUCCAUCAGUUUUCAACCGACUCGUCAUUUGCCCAGAGAAGAUUGCUUUCAAUGGAAGGUUCACAAAAAGAUUUACAUGACAAACUCGUAGAUCUACAAAAGUGGCACAAUAGUUUGGAGGUUACUUUGCUUCAUGGAUCACCCCAAUCACCUCUCCCUAUAAACGAUUUAUAUGAAGAUCAAAAAAGACGAGAGAAAUUCCUGAAUGACCAAGUGUCCGCAUUGACAGAAAAAUAUAAGAAGCUUGGAGAUGACCGUCAGAUCAAAGAGAACAAAAAUGUUUUCUCUGAGGAACGAUGAUGAUUUAUUCCAAAUUGUUGAGAAGAUACCAGUCACUGAAAAUGUCUACAUAUGGCAGCUGCAAUUUCAUUUGCCUGAACUCUCGACUCUCUAUUAAAAACCACUCUGUAAAAUGCGUUAAUAAAUUUUCUUCUAACAAACUAAAGUAUUAUGAGACCUAGCUUUGUAAAUAAUAAUUAUUGUAAAUAUGAUUAAAAAUUAUUUAUUGGACAGCAUGUGCAAGUCUCGUUUGUUUUAUGCUUUGUGAAAUUCAUUUUUAUAGUUUAUCCAAUACGUCCCAAAAUAAACAAGGGAGCGCCAUUUUCCCUUAGAGCAAGUAUUUUUUAGGCAAAACGUCUUCCUUGCGGACAGUAAUAAAAUGGAUGAUGUUGAAAUGCUAAGAUAAGACUUUUUAUUCACCUUUGAAUUACAUUUUGUGUUCCAGAAUGAAGCAUUUUUCCUAACUUAUUUUACUUCAUAAAACUAUAGAAGUCAAUUGUGUUGACUUUACGUCA